CUCUCACCCUCUCCCCUUCCUCCUCACCCGCUCGCCGCCUCACAACCGGAGCCGCUGAGAUCCCAUAUCGCCUUCCCGACUCCGGAGGGGCCGAGCCCAAACAGAGGGAGCCUCUAUCCUCCAGCGCGGUGCCCAGGACCAGAGCCUCUCCCCGGGCCCGCCGCCCCCUCCGCAGCCCCCCCGCCGGCCCCCUCCUCAGCCAUGUACUCCGCCGGCCUGGAGAUCCUGGGCAUGAUCCUGGCCGUGGCCGGCUGGCUCGGCGUCAUGGUGACGUGCGGCAUGCCCAUGUGGCGGGUGGCGGCCUACGUGGGCCAGAACAUCGUCAUCUCCCAGGUGAUCUGGGAGGGCCUGUGGAUGAACUGCUCCGUGCAGAGCACCGGCCAGAUGCACUGCAAGGUGCACGACUCCAUGCUGGGGCUGCCGGUGGACCUGCAGGCCGCGCGCGCCCUGGUCGUCGUCUCCCUGGUGAUGUGCGUGGCGGGCGUCGGCCUGUCCACCGCCGGCGCCAAGUGCACCAACUGCAGCGCCGACGCGGCCAGCAAGCCCCGGCUGGUGGUGACGGCCGGGGUGACCUUCCUGCUGGCGGGGACUCUCCUGAUGGUGGCCGUGUCCUGGACGGCCAACGCCAUCGUGGUGGACUUCUACGACCCCAUGCUGGAGGAGACGGGCAAGAGGGAGUUCGGCAACGCGCUCUACUUCGGCUGGGCCGCGUCCUGCCUGCUGGUCCUGGGGGGCGCGCUGCUCUGCUGCUCCUGCCCCCCCAGGCCGCCCGGAGCGGCCGGCAGCGGAGGAGGCGUCAAGCCCCACGCCCGGGCGGCGGCGGCGGCGGCGAACUACUCGGCUGUCAAGACGGCGUCCGUCAACGGUUACACCAGGAGGGACUAUGUGUGAAUGGGGGGGGAUGCUAGCUUAGUCCCCGGGCCCCCCCCCCC